AUAUACAAAUUUAAUACUUGUUUUUUGACAUAUUCGGACCCCGUAUGUGGGUUGUACUACUUGGUAUUCUCUAGAACCUUUCAGCCAUACUUGCAUUUGCAUGGGAACCAAAGUCGGUCACACAACAACCGCAAAUAUGGAUGCGGAACAGAUGACUAUGCUGGACGUCUCUCUCAACGAAGACAUUGAGACGCAAGAGGGCCAGGACACGUUAGUGAACGACGAAAAUGUAGGUCCGAAAGAAAACGCCAUCUCAGAUCUAAACACAGCACAAUUGAAGAAACCCAAGUUGUCGGGAAUCCAACGACACACGAUAGACAUCGUAGAAGCUUCAGCUGCAACGAUAUGUUCAAGUAUGCCACUGGUAGAAACUCAGCAUAUGCAGAUAGAUACAACCAGGAGUAUAGCAGCUGGGAGUGGCCCAAACGGCGCCCGUGCAACUGCAUCAGACAACAACCAAGAUGUAGCUGAACCGAACCCAGUGGUUACUACUAAACCAAACCCAGUGGUUACUACUAAACCAAACCCAGUGCUGAGACAAACACAGCUGAGGGAAAGCACAGUUGUAGUGAAGUCACGUACGAGUGUGGUCAGUAGGUCAGAGGAUAUGCCGUGGAGUGGCCUACCGCCACCCAAGAUCAAACCACUGGCAACACCGCAGCAGCAGCUGACACCCGGCAAACAGGCGAGAUCAGGCAUCCGCCCCCCCAACACCAUAGUGCAGCAGACGCCUACCAAGGUCAUAGUCACCUCCACCUCAGGCCCAGGCACAGCUGUGCUUGCGGGGUAUGAGAGCAACCUGGCGUCGCUUAUACUGAAGUGCGAGAAGGCUGUGGAGCGCACUGUGGUGCCUCCCAAAAAGAACGAGAAGAACCCGCUCAGGUGGAAGGUGCGUGUGCUUCUAACUGUAGUGUAUGAUGUGCGCGUUAAGAUGGAAGGUGGUUGUGGGCAAACCAGUGGGAUGGGUGUGCUUGAAUCGAAUGUGAAGUUCGGUAUAUUCAUCAAGGAACUGAAAGGCUAUCUUAGACAGCUGACACAACACGCUGAGGAGUUUAGAGACCACUGUGUGACCGUCGAGCAGCGUCUAAUACUCGACAGGCAGGGCGAGAAGGCCAGGCUAAAACCAGUGCGUGUCCGGGCUGAAAAGGCGGAGAAGGCUCUACACGCCACACAGCAACUGCUCGACGAAGCCAAACAAUACACCGAAGACCUGAGGAACCGCCUGGACAACCAUGACUCAUCGACCAAGGAAGAGGUCGAGAAGAUGCGAGAAGCAUCAACGGGUUAUCGAGAAGCCGUUGCCAGUUUGCAGACAGAACUGGACCAGCUGAGGCGAACGCACAGCCACACACUACACACGCACAAGCAAGCGCAGCAACAGAGCCAACUGCAAAUAGACGCCUAUAGGGACAAGAUCGAGGAACUGCGAGACACAAUAGACAAAAAAGCCGAGGAAGUACGCAGUCUGCAAGCGGAUCUGAGUAACAUGGCCAACACAGCAGGAACAGAGGAACGGGAGAUCAAAUUCAGAGACACGCGCAUAGCGGAUAUGGAAGCUAGCAUACGCAAGACAACGGCUGAGAGUGAGGCACUCAAAGAACGGCUGCAAGAGAAAGAAGUGGAGAUGAGCAAGACGCUCGAGACCUUCAGCAUGGCGCAGACAUCAUAUCUAUCGCAGGUCAACGCAUUCACUGCUAACCAAAGCAAGGACGAGAAACUGAUAGACGAUCUCAAACAGCAGCUGAGCGAGGCUAAGCAGCAACUACACGAUACGACCAACGAGGCUCGAUCGAAUUCCGACGACCUGAACGCACAGAUCAAACAACUGGCAGAGGGGCAGCAAGCAAAGGAUGUCGAACUCGCCGAAGCCAAAUUGCAGAACAAGAAACUCGAGGCAAGUGUGGAAGAAUUAGUGAUCAAGAGUAAGCUAACUGAGCUAAAAAUAGAUGAGAGUAAUACUGAGCUUGAAGAUCUGCGCUCACAAAACUCUCGACUCAAGAACGAACUAGAACGCCUUGCCCAUCAACUACAGGUGAAGUACGCUGCGGCCUGUUUGGCGUUAAUUUUGUAUACAUUUUGUGGUAUAGUCUAG